AUGACCUCGUGUGGCUUUGACGUCUGGACUGGAACGGGAACUCGUGAAGACGCUGGAUGCACCGAGUGUAAAUGUUGCGAAGCGAGGGGUUGUGGUCAAUCCAAGCGAUCUGUGGUACCCCCUGAAGACGGCAGUCUGCCCGGGGGCAGAGGAAGCCCUGGCGAGACGGUGAUCAAGAAGAGCAAAAUUGGCAGCGCCCUCUUCGAGAUUCGACAGAACUUAAACACGUGCUCCAUACAGCUGACGAUCGGGCCAGUUAGACUCUUUACGACUGUCCUCUCAGUCUUCGUGAUUAAGUUCAGCCAACAGACUGAAGCAGUGCCUCAAGAAGAUCGGUGUAGAAGGCAUGGUCGAGACCUGGUUGGAAGGUGCGCUUUCGCCAGGCCGGAUGGGCGGAGCGAUAAAGCAUCUGCUGCCGAUGGCGGCAUAAAAUGGGCAUUUCAUCGGAUUCGGCCAACAGGCCAUUCGGUAUCUGAGGCUCCUCCCACACAAGCCGAGGUCAAAUUGGUCAUGAAUGAAGCAAAUAUGGCCAGAGCCCCUGCGGCCACCAGAAAAGGCCAAAAGUGA